AUGGUAAUCAUCGGUGGUGUUGACGAAGACGGAGACGAUCAAGAUGACGAUGACGACGACGUGGAGCUUCCAAGUUACGGACUGUCCAAGUUAAGGACGAUUGUUUGUGGAGCUGCAGUUGCAUCCACGAGAUGUAUUCCCAUUGUCAAGACCAAAGAAGAGUUGAAGUUUUCAUCUCCUUUGUCUAAAAUUUGCGUGUUGCAUCCCACGUUUAUCGUGCGGGGGAGUAUUAGAGAUAUGUUGGACCGGAAGAUAUGUAUCUUACGGACCAAGCCUGUGAAGCCCGCGGGACAUUUUGUUGCAUUGGCUAUGGUAUUGCGUGCUAGACCUGAUUCUUUGGUUGAGGUUUUGCCCUCACUGAGGGAUAAGCACAUGUUUCAAGGACCCGACAAGCUUCCCCUUAUUGUUUGGAUGAUGGCUCAGGCCUCCCGAGGUGAUCUAUGUCUUGGCUUGUAUUCAUGGGCACAUAACUUGCUACCGCUACUUAGUAAUAACAAGUGCUGCCCUCAGUCAUUGGAUCUCGUCCUUCAGUUCGCUGAGUACAUGUUGUCUCGUCCGGAGGCUCUCGCUAUACUUGUAAACAGAGGUGGUGUUAUGGAAGGACAGCGGCUGGUUCCACCUCCUUCACUUGAGAUCUUGCUGCGCCUCACAUUCCCUGCUCCAUCUGCACGACUAAACCUUGAUGAGUUUGUCAACUCUGACCUUGAGCAUGGUCGCCGGUAUGUAUGCGCACAGACGACUACAGAGAGGUUCGAAACAAUAUAUCCCUUGCUGAAGGACGUGGCUCUUGCACCAGAGAGGGCAGGAAGAGGAAGAUAUGCCAUGAAACGUAUACUCAGCUUUGCUUUGACCUUAGCUGGAGAAGAAGGGAAUCCUGUUGUUUUAGCCAAGGAAGCCACCUCAAUCGCUAUCAGGGUCCUGUCAGAAAACGUGUACUGCUUUGACCACUGGGACAAAAUUUAUGUGGAUAAUCCAGAAGCAAGUGUUGCGCUUCUCAAGAAGCUUGUAGACGACAAUCAGUUCCUCAGGCUGACAACAUCACCAAGUGAUACUCUCACUGUCCAUCAAACUAUGGAGAGCUUCAGGCGUAAGAACAAAAGAGCUAUGGCUGAAGGAGGAUCCAAUCGUUCUCUUUACAAAGAAGCUGACAAGUACUGCAUACUGAUCUCGUGGAGAAUCUCCCGUGGAGAUGAUGGAGGCUUCAGAUUGACACCCAUUAAUGUUUUGGUUCUAGCUGCUGUCGGAGCUUCUGUGGGAGCUGCUGUAGGAGCUGCUACUUUCGGAGCUGCUACUGUCGGAGCUGUAGGCGUUGCUGUCGGAGCUCUCGGCGCUACUGUCGGAGCUGCUGCUGUCGGAGCUCUUAUUGCAUCAUUCCACUAGCGUAGUCACAAAGUUGCAGUGCGCACACAAAAAAAAAAAAGUUAUAAAGAGUUUGCUAGCCGGGCAGAGGUGCACCAAAUAUGAAUUUGCGGCGAAUCUUCAUCAUGAGUCCGUGUAGAUAUCUUUUGAUGUUCUUCUUCUAAUACUUAGAACCACAUAUCUCAUGCAAGAUGUGCUGAUGGCAAGAUCUUAUGAAUGCUUUUGAGAUAUUCAUAUUUUGUUUAGUACUUCA